AUGGCUCACAUCCAGCCAUCGCAGGAUGGCUUAGACAAGCGGAAGAUUGUAGGAAUCAACGCCGAAACCGUCACGAACAUCACCUCGACCGAUUUCCCAGGCCACCAUGCCGGCGAAGACGAUUCCUGGUCUCUCUCAAAAUUCAAGCAGAAUCUGAAAGUCCACUUCCACCAGAACGAGCCGGAUGAAGCCACAUUCUCCCUGGUUGGCGUCGACGCCUCCAUUGCCAACGCAUUUCGGCGCAUCCUCAUUGCGGAAGUCCCUACGUUGGCCAUCGAAAAAGUCUACGUGCAGAAUAACACCUCGGUGAUUGCAGAUGAAGUCCUGGCGCACCGGCUAGGCCUCAUCCCCCUGAAGGGCAGCAUCGAAGGGCUCAGAUGGCUGAAAUGGUUCAUCGAACCAAACCCGGACAUUGGCUUCGACGGUAUGGAACGGACCGACUACAACACAAUCGUCCUGAGCCUGAACGUGAAAUGCGAACGCAAUCCGCACGCAGACAAGAAUGCGACCGAGCCAGAGGAGAAGUACAUCAACAGCAGCGUCUACUCGCGACACAUCAAAUGGACUGUCCAGGGCCUCCAGGAGCAGUACUUCAGGGACGGCCCCAUCGAGCCGGUCAGUCCGGAUAUCCUGAUCGCAAAGUUGCGGCCAGGUCAAGAAAUCGACAUGAUCCUGCAUGCGCAUCUUGGAAAAGGUGGUGAUCAUGCAAAAUUCAGUCCGGUCGCAACCGCCACAUAUCGACUACUCCCCACCAUCACCAUUACCAAGCCAAUUCUUGGAGCCGAUGCGAGAAAAUUCCAAAAGUGCUUCCCACCCGGCGUAAUUGACCUUGAGCGUGUCACGCCCUCCGAUGCUGCAUCCGAUGAACCUGCCUACCAUGGCCGCGAGGGUGACGAGAAGGCCGUCGUCAAAGAUCCCAUGCGGGACACUGUGUCGCGAGAAUGCCUCCGACACGAGGAGUUCAAGGACAAAGUCAAGCUGGGCCGAGUGCAAGACCAUUUCAUAUUCAAUGUCGAAAGUACAGGACAAUUUCCUAGCGAUGUUCUGUUCUUGGAGAGCGUCAACGUCCUCAAAUUCAAGGCUAAGAGGCUGCUCCGAGCGCUUGAUGAGAUGGAGAAAUAG